GUUUUGUCGCGUGGAUACUUAGACAAGCUGUGAUUUCUCGGACUUUGAAUUCCUUGGGUUUGUUUUCUUACUAAAUCAGUGCAGUGCACAGAAAACGUCUCCAAAAGGACAGCUCAUUUUGCUCUUAAAUAAUGUCGACACGCGGUAAUUACGCCCUGUCCGACUUUAUAAGACUAGAGAAAAUCGGCGAAGGCACAUACGGAGUCGUGUACAAAUGUAAAAAUAAAGUCAACGGGAAAUUCGCUGCACUCAAAAAGAUACGUCUCGAAAAUGACGAAGAGGGUGUCCCUUCGACAGCUAUUCGGGAAAUAUCACUUCUAAAAGAAUUGCAACAUCCUAACAUAGUGAAUCUCGAGCAGGUAAUCAUGGAGAACGGAAGACUGUACUUAGUUUUUGAGUACCUAAAUUUGGAUUUAAAGCGCUAUUUGGAUGACAGUGGAAGAAAAAACUUGCUCGAACCUGGCACUGUUAAGGUAAAAUGCUACAGCAGUUGACUUUUUAGAGCUUUAUGUAUCAAAUGCUGCAAGGUCUGUUGUUUUGUCAUGGCAGGAGAGUUAUUCACAGGGAUCUAAAGCCCCAAAAUAUCCUGGUUGAUAUUGGAAGGAAAAUUGUUAAACUUGCAGAUUUCGGUUUGGCUCGCGCUUUUGGAAUUCCUGUUCGUGUACUAACUCAUGAGGUUGUUACUUUAUGGUAUCGAGCUCCAGAAAUCUUGCUUGGGGCUCAAAGGUAUUCUUGUGCCGUAGAUAUUUGGUCUAUGGGCUGUAUCUUUUCGGAGGUCUCAACGAAAGAAGCUUUGUUUCGAGGAGAUUCGGAAAUAGAUCAACUUUUUCGCAUCUUCCGGCUCCUUGGUACUCCAUCAGAAGAAGUUUGGCCAGGAGUUUCAAGUUUGCCGGAAUAUCAAAAGAAAAGUUUCCCUAUUUGGCGAAAUUCAAAGUUGUCUAUUCAAGAUAAUAUAGCUAAAGCCUUCAGCAGUCCUGGUCUUGAUUUGCUUCAGGCUAUGCUGAUCUAUGAACCUUCACGGCGUAUUACUGCAAGGGAUGCACUUUUGCAUCCUUAUUUUUCUGACUUGGACAAAUCUCUUGUGCCAGCAACUGGUGAAGAGUACAUUGGUUUGCCAUUAGACCAGUUACCGCGUGAAGUUGCUGCUAUAUUUCUAGCAGAUGGCGGUGAAGUAUAUCAUAAUUCCAACGAUACUGAAAAUAAUACUAACAAUUUAUGUGUUGCCGUCCAACCUGAUACCGUACAAUUAGGAAGUGCAGCAGUCCCUACAGCAAAAUAUUUGGCUGACUGCAAAAAGCAAGCUCAUCAAACAGUAGGUGCAGUUAAUUCCAAGUCUAGUCACCAUGUGGCACCGUUGGCAGACAAUCACGAAACUAAUAUGUCAAUUAGCUAGUCAGUAAAACCAGUCAAAACUUGGCUUUCUUAUUUACCACAAACCACCAGUUAUUUUCUAAUUUUGUCAUUAUUAUUCCAUUUUCUAUUACUAUGUAAAUGUUAUCCCGAUUCUAUAAGAUGUUAGUGCGUUUUUGUGUUUGUUUCAUUUUUCUUUGUAAUAAAUAUAACCUACUUCUAACUGCUAUUUUUGUGCGUAAUCACUAGAAAUCUAACUAAUCAUUCAAUUUGAUUGGAAAAACCUGUAGUUUCAUUGUAUGUCUUGAUUUUCAAAAAUGUACCAGAACUUACUAUUUGGUUCAUGGAUAUUUUGCCGCAAGUUCGUAAUUUCCAUCAAAACCCCUAAUUAAUAUGGCUUUCCUACCGAUCGCUUACAUUGAAAAUUUGUUUACCAUACUACUACAGUGUCAGCAAAUCGUAUCAUUUACAGAAUGCUAUUCCAUAAAGUAGUUUAUCAUUGCAUUAGUCAGACAUGUUUUUUGUCGGGUUUGAGUCUUCAAAAUCCCUUAUAACCAGGAUUUUGAAAUUCAUAGAUACAUGUUCCAGAACUUGCUGCAUCGACAGAGUAGUUUGCUUUUUGUCUCCUCUGUAUCUUGAUUAGUAUUAUGUCAUAGUUUUGAUUACUUGGGUUUAUUUCUGUUGCUCUCAUAAUUC